CGAUCAGCAGCAUGUCACGACAAUCAAAACAUUAAUUCUGGGCAACCUUUCCGGCAUGGUUUGUCAAGUGCUACUCCCAUGCAUGAGUCUUUGUCAGACUACCCAUAAUAAAAGUAGUAUCAUAAAUUCCGCCUAAAUAAAAAAUAUGAUGUGGCAACUAAUUAAUAAAAAGAAAAAGAAAUUGAGUAAUUUAGAUAGUUACUCAUACAAGGAGUAACAUAGCCCAUACCAAGAUAAGAUGAGUCUAUAAAAUAAUAAAUGCAUGUCUCAAUGUUACUAUCAAUAUGUUACUAUCCAUUAUGGAGGUAUUAACUUAGACUAGUAACACAUGCAUGUUACUACUCUAUGUUACUCCCAUUGUGAGUAGUCUCAUGUGCAUGCCACAUGUGUGGUGAAGGUGAGGCUGAUCGUGCCAUAUUGUCUCAUCCCAUGCACGCGUGGGCCGGCUGACACAGAGUCUCCUUGAAAACAAUAAUCAGUGGGGACUGAUAGGUGCCGGUGCGUCGGCCCAAAGAUUUGACCGGUCGAGCGCGGGCCGUCAGAUCCAGGUCGCGUAGACCGUCAGAUUUAGAUAAAAGCGAUUUGUUCAGAGCUCUCUUCUUCCUCGCGCAACGCCCUCAUCUCCUCCCCUGCAUCUCGCACACGUGCCCCCUUCCUCCCCGCAUCUCGGACAACUCGUCGGGGCACGCGUUACGCCCUACUGCACACCUUCCUCUGGUCGCAGCACCGCCCCUCCCCUCCCCUCCUGCUCCAUGCUAGUUCUCAUCGCCAGGAUUCGCGACAACCCCACACCAGCAUCUUGUUUUCGUGAUCACCGUUGCGCUUGAAGCAUCAUGGCCUCGUGAAUGGAUGCAGCAAAACACGUCGUUUUGUAGUAGCAAAAAAGCGAGGCAGUUGCAACAAAAAAUGUCGUCCUCAUCGUCGCCGGUCGCAUCUCGGUCAUAAAAAAGCACCAUGACCUCAUGAGUGGACGUAGCAAAUACAAAAGACAGUAGUAGCAAAAAAUGAGCCUGUUGCAGCAAAAAUGUCCGUCCUUGCAGCAAAAAUGAGUGGAUGUAGCAAACAGAAAGACGGUAGUGGCAAAAAAUAACGACGGUUGCAGCAAAAUACUCUGCCAUUUCCAGCAAAAGUUUUUGUCGUCGAUUGUGUAGCCUUUUUAUUUCGUAGUGGUUGAGUGGAACAUCUCUAUUUGGCAUAGAGUACUCCCUCCGUCCGGUAAUAAAUGCACAUAUAGAUAUUUCAAGACAAAUUAUGAAGUAGAGUACAAAAAUACAUUGAAAAGGUGCAAGCCAUCAUCUCUCUUCUGUGUAAUUACUCAACCCCAAUGAGCUAAUUGUACAUUCUUUAACGGACGGAGGGAAUACUUGUCUUUCAAAUCCGGAGCAGAGAAGAAUCCAAUAAAACUGUUCAAUCAGAUUCUAGUAUUUUGAAGUAAUCAGCGUGAGCCGGAGAGGCAAAGGAUUCCCUAAAAAAAGGUAACGCACCACUGGCAAUCGACAAAAAGGCAUUGCGUCCGAGGAAUUUGAUACUAAUAUAUAUAAACGCAAGGAAGCAGGCACGGCAGUAAAAGGCAUUACGUCCUAAUAAAUUCCUUUGCUUGUACUACUACAAGAGUAGGCAUCACUUGUUCCCUUCUCAGUCAUCUGCUUCCGCUCUCCUCUCGCCACUACGCUCUACUUCGGAUCGAUGAGGCCGCCGGACGGCAGCUCUUCGUCGUCCGGGCCGCACGGCAAGCAUGAGCUGCUGCAGCCGGAGGUGGUUCUCUACACGGCGUCUGCGUCGGCGUCUCGCCGCAGAGGGCGCGCCUCGGCCGACCUCUACGCCUUGCGCGCCCUGCUGCAGGGGUACGGCCUGACCAUGGACGAACGCGACGUGUCCACGAGCAAGGCGCACCGCAGCGAGCUCAAGUCGUUGCUUGCGGCUCGGGGGUGCGCCUUCUCCCUCCCGCAGCUCCUCGUCGGUGGACGGCCCGUGGGCGGCCCUGACGAUGUCAGGAAGCUGCACCAGUCCGGCGGGCUGCGGCCCCUCCUCGACGGUUCCCCAAGGCCGUGCCGCGCCUUCGUGUGCCAAGCCUGUAAGAGAGUCGGCUCCGAGCCCUGCUCAGAGUGCAGCGAGGCCCGCAACAAGAUGCUGGAUCAUGGCGUUAUGGAGCAGGAGGAGGAGAGGGUCGUCCUUUUUUAUCCAACCCAAGGCAGCCUUAGCGGCCGAGGGAGUCUGGGAUUAAGGGGUAACUCGGGCAGCCGGUUCAUUUCUUGUGGGCCGACUCGGUGGGCCGUGUUAUUAAAGGCUGGACUAUAUGACGACCUCGUACUCAGGAAGGAACAUUCGAAGACAGGCGUGACGUCGAAGUACAGUAGACUAGGUCGGUUGUAUGUAACCCUAGAUCCCCCGAUGAGUAUAUAAACCGGGGGGUCCUCGUCCAUGUAGACAGGUUGACUCAUCUAGGGUUUAGCUUAUAUGAUAUCGAGGUACAUCAACUCUGUAAUCAUCAUCCACAUCAAUAUA